GUUGUUGGAUUUCUGCCAGUCGGAAAACAAAGAUUUAUAGGAGAGUACAUAGAGACAGUGGGAGAGUAUGUAGACAUUCACCCUCACAAUGUCAGGAGUCCUGAGUCCACUCGUGUCUGGGGUCCUGAGUCCACUCGUGUCAGGGGACCUCAAUCCACUCGUGUCUGGAGACCUGACUCCACUCAUGUCAGGGGUCCUGAGUCCACUCGUGUCAGGGGACCUGAGUCCACUCGUGUCAGGGGUCCUGAGUCCACUCGUGUAAGGGGACCUCAAUCCACUCGUGUCAGGGGACCUGAGUCCACUCGUGUCAGGAGUCCUGAGUCCACUCGUGUCAGGGGUCCUGAGUCCACUCGUGUCAGGGGACCUCAAUCCACUCGUGUCAGGGGUCCUGAGUCCACUCGUGUCAGGGGACCUCAAUCCACUUGUGUCAGGGGACCUGAGUCCACUCGUGUCAGGAGUCCUGAGUCCACUCGUGUCAGGGGUCCUGAGUCCACUCGUGUCAGGGGAUCUCAAUCCACUCGUGUCAGGGGUCCUGAGUCCACUCGUGUCAGGGGACCUCAAUCCACUCGUGUCAGAGGUCCUGAGUCCACUCGUGUCAGGGGACCUCAAUCCACUCCUGUCAGGGGUCCUGAGUCCACUCGUGUCAGGGGUCCUGAGUCCACUCGUGUCAGGGGACCUCAAUCCACUCGUGUCAGGGGUCCUGAGUCCACUCGUGUCAGGGGACCUCAAUCCACUCGUGUCAGGGGUCCUGAGUCCACUCGUGUCAGGGGACCUCAAUCCACUCCUGUCAGGGGUCCUGAGUCCACUCGUGUCUGGGGACCUGAGUCCACUCGUGUCUGGGUUCCUGAGUCCACUCGUGUCUGGGUUCCUGAGUCCACUCGUGUCAGGAGUCCACUCUUGUCCUUGGGACUGUCUUGGGACCUUAGUCCACUCGUGUCAGGAGUCCCGAGUCCACUCGUGUCGUGGGACAGUCAGGGGUCCGGAGUCCACUCGUGUCUGGGGUCCGGAGUCCACUCGUGUCAGGAGUCCUGAGUCCACUCGUGUCCGUGGGACUGUCUGGGGUCCGGAGUCCACUCGUGUCAGGACCCCUGACAUUGUGAGGAUGAUAGACAUUAGGAGUAAUUGUAUAUAGACAUCAGAGGAUAGCUAGUAUACAGUACUGUAAAUAGGUGUAGUAUACUGUAUAUAUAGGUGAUAGGAGAGGGUUAGCGAGUGAAUCAAGGUGGUUUUCAAAUUAUUAUAAACCGGCAUGUCAUUGAUCGUAAAGACUUUAAUCAACACGUUUCUUUUAUAUCUAUAUUUUUUGACAAGCACUAGUGUGUCAGCUUACAAUGUUUAAAGGUUUAUUACUAACAGAUCAUUAUUAAACAUUUAGGACAUAACAGCAUUCCCUAGUGCCCCCACUUGUAUGAUGGCUUGUGUUUCUACACGAAAGGACAAAAAGACGACAGAACAAAAAAACGACGUAACGAAAAACCGACAGGACGAAAAGAUGACAAAACGAAAGGACAACAACGAAAUGACGACAGUACGAAAAGACGAUGACAGAACGAAAUGACGACAGGACAAAAAACAACAUAACAAAAUGACGAUAACAGAACGAAAUGACGACAGAACGAAAAGACGAUAGAAUGACAAUUUGCAUUUUGUCGUCUUUUCAUUCCGAAAUAACGGAAGGACAACAUGGGACAAACAAGUCGCCAUUAUACGUUUCACCAUGGCUUGGAUACUGACCCUUGUGUAAGGGAGGUGUGACGUAAUGAUGUAUCGCUGAGCCGGAGGGUGUAUAUAGCCCGGGUAAUAUAGAGAACAGUUCGGCCAGAUCACUAACAGCAGCAGUCAGUAAGUCAUAUGGCGCUGUAUAAAAAGACCCUUGAUAAAUCCCAAGUGCCCACCUACUUCCACGUGCCAUUCAUUGAGACUGGGUACCGAUAUCUCCACCAGCCAUGGAGAUUCUACCUGUACAGCGUCUUCUACAACAACAUGGAAACUCUUAACGUCUGGACUCACGUGGUGGGUACGCUAGUCAUGACGUCACGUCUUUACAAAGUUUCCGUCACCUUUGACCUCUGUGACCUGUACACGUGGCCAUUGCUCACAAGUCUACUGUCAUUCUUUGCAACAUAUCUUGCUAGCAGCUUUGCUCAUAUGUUCUCUCACAAAUCAAAAGAAGUAAACUGCUGCAUAUUUAUGGUAGACUUUGCAUUCAUCGGUCUCUUUGGAUUCGGCGCCGUCCUGAACCACUACCAUUACUCAGUACAUGUUGACAUUACGUCACAACAGCAGGUGCUCUUCACUGGUUCAGUUUUAGCAAUUUUUUGUUGCGUUUGCGGUGCUGUUUCUAAAGCUGUUAUACACGACCCCCACUCCAAGCACCGGAGCAUUCUCACUGCCACCGGAAUAGGUCUGUUGUAUGUUUUAUCCAUAAUUCCAAUUGUAAACCGGAUACUGAGUUCCGAGACAACAGAGGGAAUCUAUCACCACAGUAAGCAAAUAUUCAACAUGGUUGCCAGUGGAUUCUUUUUCUCAUCCCGACUUCCAGAACGACUGUUUCCGGGUAAGUUCGACUUCUUUGGAAACAGUCACCAAGUUUUUCACUUGCUUAUGAUCCAAGCCUCCGAUAGUCACGUGGAUGGCAUCAUUUGGGAUAUGCUAUUCCGUAAACUCUUCCGCCUCCCACGGGUAACAGCCUCGUUCUGGAGUACCUUCGGUCUCAUUGCAAUUAUCGCCAUGGCUGACGUUUUUAUCAUGCACCGUUUUUAUUUGACAUUCAAAGACAGACUUGUCCAUCAACGUUCCAUUCCACACGUAAACAACAAUACAAUUUUUGAAAAAGUAACCAGGCAUUAUCCUUCUUCACGUGAUAAUUCCACUGAGUAAACAGACAAAUAAAAUAAAAGACUUAAAUAAAAAGUUUAUUUCAACAAAAAACAUCAAAUACCUGGUCCCACUCCCAUAAAUAAAGUGUAAAGCGAUGUCUUGAAACUCAGUUUCUGAACGCUGUUCUUUACAGUGUACAUACCCUAGUAUGUUUGGGUUGAAAUAAAAUUGCAAUUCUAAUUAAAACAAAAUGUGGUAAUAUGUAACGUUAUUACUUUUAAUAUACAUCAUAAUAAAUUUCUGUCUUGUGAAACUCACAACCUUCUAACACUUGUUCAAUAUUGAACAUUGUGUUUCUGAAAAAGUAUCUUAUUAUUAUACAUAUGGUGCAAUCUGUCUCAACAAAAACAUGUAUAUCCCCAGCCUGAUCAGAAUUUGUAAUAAUAAACUAUUGAUGCCGGGACUUGCUUUGUGACAAAACGGAGACAAAUUGCUUCUUCAAAAUAUUAUUCAGAUCUUUCUGUAUAGAGACAGCUAAAUGUAGGUCAAUACCCGGUGAAAUGGACUCGCGUGACCACCUACCCCCUGAUUUCAGAUUUUGUCUUCAUUAAUCCUAUAUUUUCCUUGCUAAAUGGGUGAAUCUUGUAAACAAAUAAAAUUGCAUUCAUAUAAGUUUUAGAACUUGUUUCCUAUUCAUCAUAUAAAAAAAAUCAAGUUUGAAAUAGCAAAAUAUAUAUCUUUCAAUAAUUAACAUGCAGUUUACAACUGUUUCUGUAUUUUACAUACAUAUGCCAUAUUAAAGUACCACUAGUAGACACUAUCAUGUAUAUCUUGCUACCCUUUCAUCCUAAAUUCACAUCUGCUGCAAUAUUCCCAUGACACCUGCUGAUCUUUUGUUCAGUCCAAUCACUACUCUGUAUGUUAUUUGUUCUCAUAUUGGAGUGUCUUGUCUACAUUUUAUAAAUAAAAAGAGAUAUAUCUAUCA